CGCAAGCCUUACUACUCUGAUUUGAACAGGUAGGAGUAAAGGGAUGUGAUAAAUACCACACCCGAGCCCCAAAUGAUCUCGAGAAUGAUGUUAUCCUCCACCUUUUCCAUCUUAUUGCAAGCAUGGACUCUCCCAAAUCUCUGCAAGAGAAUACUGCUUGUUUGAAUUCUUACACCAUCACGAAACUGGCUGCGAAUGUUCAUCUUUUGGAACCUCUGCACAAGCAUACCUACAACAAUGACAAGCACAUCUACAACAACGAAAAGCACACCAAAGACUCAACACACCCAGACUUAGUAAUCCUAUGCACAUGGAUGUCCGCCGCACCCCGACACAUAAAAAAAUACAUCCUCGGCCACCAAACCCUGCACCCCAACUCCACAAUCCUAAUCAUCACGACCUCCGUCUUCGACAUCCUCCUAGUCCCUUUGGCAUUACAACGAAAACGCCUUGGUAGCUGUCUCUCUUACAUAGAAACCUCUGCAUCUGCAAAAGUAGUCCUUCAUCUAUUCUCAGGCGGAGGAGCACAUACAGCCAGUCUACUCGCUGAAGAAUACAGCACCACUUAUGGUGUGCCAUUACCCCUGCACACAAUGAUCCUAGACUCCUCACCAGGCACAAACGCCUACGCCCCCGCCUUUACCGCCUGUAUCUCCGCCCUGCCAACCUCCCCCCUCCUCCGCAUCUUCCUAACCCCAUUAAUCCACUGCUUGGUAGGAGUAGCAUGGGUAUUAGAGCAUAAAUUCGGAGUGCAAAGUGUAGUUACAAAAGCUAAUGCUCGCUUGAAUGAUGGAAAGUUGGUGCAAAAGGGGAAAAAGAGAUUGUAUGUUUAUUCAGAGGCUGAUGGGAUGGUGCUUUGGCGCGGGGUGGAGGUGCAUGCAAAUGAGGCCGAGGAGAAAGGGUGGAGGGUGCAGAGGAUGAGGGUUAGAGAUGCUGGACAUGUUGCUAUUAUGGGGGUGGAUCCUGUAGCGUAUUGGGGUGCUGUUGGCGAGGCUUGUGGGUAGUGGCGGUGAUGUGUUGUGUGAUAAACAAGGAAAUGUGCCCUUCAAUGGUUGGUUUGGUGCAGGAGAGGGAACGUGUAUACCAGAGAGCCCGAGUUACCAUGUAAAUUGUUUGACUAUGCAUAUAGAUGGGGUGCUCUUGUACGCAUUGACAAUCCCUUGAUCUUGU